AUGGCUGAGGGAAGGAACAAUACAACAGUCACCAAAUUCAUCCUUUUGGGAUUUUCAAAUUUUCCUAAGUUCAAGAUUAUUUUGUUUGUGGUAUUCUUGGGGAUUUACCUCUCGACAGUGACCUGGAACCUGGGCCUCUUCAUUCUGAUUUGGAUGGACACAAACCUGCAUACACCCAUGUACUUCUUCCUUAGCAACUUAUCCUUCUUAGAUUUCUGCUAUGUCUCCUCUGUAACCCCUAGGAUGCUCUCAGACUUCUUUCAGAAGCCCAAGUCCAUCUCUUUUACGGGAUGCACCAUGCAGUACUUCGUCUUCUCUAGCCUGGGCUUGGCAGAGUGCUGUCUUCUGGCAGCCAUGGCUUAUGACCGAUAUGCUGCCAUUUGUAACCCACUGCUCUACACAGCCAUCAUGUCACCCACCCUCUGUGUGCAGAUGAUAGUUGGGGUCUAUAUAACUGGUUGCUUUGGCUCAUUGAUCCAACUGUGUGCUCUACUCCAAAUCAAUUUCUGUGGCCCAAACAUAAUCAACCACUUCUUCUGUGACCUGCCUCAAUUAUUAGUCCUGGCCUGCUCUGACACCUUUUUACUACAAGUCGUGAAGUUUGUGAUCGCGGUGAUUUUUGGCGUGGCAUCUGUCUUAAUCAUCAUGAUAUCCUAUGGGUAUAUUGGUGCCGCCAUCUUGAAGGUUAGCUCUGUUGAAGGUAGGUCCAAGGCCUUCAACACCUGUGCUUCUCACCUGACAGCAGUGACUCUCUUUUUUGGGUCCGGACUCUUUGUCUAUAUGCAUCCCAGCUCUGAUAACUCCCUGGGCUAUGACAGGAUGGCAUCAGUCUUCUAUACAGUGGUGAUUCCUCUGUUGAAUCCUUUGAUUUACAGUCUGAGGAAUAAAGAAAUCAAAGAUGCCCUAAGGAGGUGUAAGAAGAGAGUACUCUCCCACUGCCAUGCUAAAUAA